UACACCUUUUAUCGGGAAAUCGAGGAAGUACAGGGAACGCAAACCAAGACUAGCGCCAACAUCGACCACCCCUCCAGGAUGCUGGGCAGCGUAACACCGCACUACACGCUCUCGAAUACCCACAAGAACCACCCUCGAGACCCCAGGCGGCUUUCCAUACCGCCAAGUGGGCAUCCUCGCGCGCUUCACGUCCCGCUCUAUAGAAAGCCUCGCCCACGCGCUCCAGCGGCGCCAGCAUCCCUCGGCUGGCCUGCCACCUUCUCGGCCGCCCUCCCUCCUUCCUUCCUCACUGACGAGCCCUCUUCGCUGCGAUCUUACCCCUUCUCCGUUGUUCACCCCCCUUCUUUGCCGCUCAGCCUCUUUCUCGGGCUCCUUUAGGACUUUCCCCGACGCUGGACCUUUCGUGGCUUUCUCCGUGCAGCUACCUCGGACGAGCAGGACACCAUCGUUCGACGUCGUCCAGCCGAGGCAUUCCCCACUGCCAGGUUUUAGCCGGCCAUUGCUCCGCCUUUUCACCCAUUCCAUCCCUGCCUCCUUAUUACCUAGGAAUAGCAGCUAGCAGCGUCAUAGGGAGUCUAGCGACCUCGGAUCCAUCCUGCAAGUGCUCGAAUCCUCGGACCCUGGAUCAGCAGACCUCGAGUAGGCCUCCGCUCACCGUGAAGGCGGUACGUCUGCCUUCGUACCGCAUUCUAAAACCGCCGAGCGCACUGCACGCAG